CCCGCCGAGGCAGCUCCUGAGGACGCGGGCCCCUGCACACCAUGGCCCCCGGGCGGACAGGGGCCGGCGCCGCCGUGCGCUCUCGCCUGGCGCUGGCCUUGACGCUAGCGAGCGUCCUGAGCGGGCCCCCAGCCGCCGCCUGCCCCACCAAGUGUACCUGCUCCGCCGCCAGCGUGGACUGCCACGGGCUGGGCCUCCGAGCCGUUCCCCGGGGCAUCCCCCGCAACGCCGAGCGCCUUGACCUGGACAGAAAUAACAUCACCAGGAUCACCAAGAUGGACUUUGCUGGGCUCAAGAACCUCCGAGUCUUGCAUCUGGAAGACAAUCAGGUCAGCAUCAUUGAGAGAGGCGCCUUCCAGGAUCUGAAGCAGCUGGAGCGUUUGCGUCUGAACAAAAAUAAGCUCCAGGUCCUUCCAGAAAUGCUUUUCCAGAGCACACCGAAGCUUACCAGACUAGAUCUGAGUGAGAACCAGAUCCAGGGGAUCCCGAGGAAGGCAUUCCGUGGCAUCGCUGACGUGAAGAACCUGCAACUGGACAACAACCACAUCAGCUGCAUUGAAGAUGGAGCCUUCCGAGCGCUGCGCGAUCUGGAGAUCCUCACACUCAACAACAACAACAUUAGCCGCAUCCUGGUCACCAGCUUCAACCACAUGCCGAAGAUCCGGACUCUGCGCCUCCACUCCAAUCACCUGUACUGUGACUGCCACCUGGCCUGGCUCUCAGACUGGCUGCGACAGAGAAGGACAAUCGGCCAGUUCACACUCUGCAUGGCUCCUGUGCACCUAAGGGGCUUCAAUGUGGCGGACGUGCAGAAGAAAGAGUAUGUGUGUCCAGGUCCCCAUUCAGAGGCUCCAUCCUGCAACGCCAACUCGCUCUCAUGCCCCUCCACCUGCACUUGCAGUAAUAAUAUCGUGGACUGUCGAGGAAAAGGCUUGACCGAAAUCCCUGCCAACUUGCCAGAGAGCAUCAUUGAAAUACGCCUAGAACAGAACUCCAUCAAAUCCAUCCCCGCGGGAGCCUUCACCCCGUACAAGAAACUGAAGCGAAUAGACAUCAGCAAGAAUCAGAUAUCGGACAUAGCUCCAGAUGCCUUCCAGGGCCUGAAGUCUCUCACAUCGCUAGUUCUCUAUGGGAACAAGAUCACCGAGAUUGCCAAGGGACUGUUUGAUGGGCUGGUGUCCCUGCAGCUGCUCCUCCUCAAUGCCAACAAGAUCAACUGCUUGCGGGUGAACACCUUCCAGGACCUACAGAACCUCAACUUGCUCUCCCUGUACGACAACAAGCUGCAGACCAUCAGCAAGGGGCUCUUUGCCCCUCUGCAGUCCAUCCAGACGCUCCACUUAGCCCAAAACCCGUUUGUGUGCGAUUGCCACUUGAAGUGGCUGGCUGACUACCUCCAGGACAACCCCAUCGAGACAAGCGGGGCCCGCUGCAGCAGCCCACGCAGGCUUGCCAACAAGCGCAUCAGCCAGAUCAAGAGCAAGAAGUUCCGCUGCUCAGGCUCCGAGGACUACCGCAGCAGGUUCAGCAGUGAGUGCUUCAUGGACCUCGUGUGCCCCGAGAAGUGCCGCUGUGAGGGCACCAUUGUGGAUUGCUCUAACCAGAAGCUGGCCCGCAUCCCGAGCCAUCUUCCAGAAUAUGUCACCGAUCUGCGACUGAAUGACAAUGACAUAUCUGUCCUGGAGGCCACCAGCAUCUUCAAGAAGUUGCCCAACCUGCGGAAAAUAAACCUGAGCAACAAUAAGAUCAAGGAGGUGCGAGAGGGAGCCUUUGAUGGAGCAGCCGGCGUGCAGGAGCUGAUGCUGACAGGGAACCAGCUGGAGACUGUGCAUGGGCGCACGUUCCGCGGACUCAGUGGCCUUAAGACCCUGAUGCUGAGGAGCAACGAGAUCAGCUGUGUGAACAACGACACCUUCGCUGGCCUGAGCUCUGUGAGGCUACUUUCCCUCUACGACAAUCGGAUCACCACCAUCACCCCUGGAGCCUUCACCACGCUGGUCUCCCUGUCCACCAUCAACCUACUGUCCAACCCCUUCAACUGCAACUGCCACCUGGCCUGGCUGGGCAAGUGGCUGCGGAAGAGGCGCAUCGUCAGCGGGAACCCCCGGUGCCAGAAGCCCUUCUUCCUGAAGGAGAUCCCCAUCCAGGACGUGGCCAGCCAGGACUUCACCUGCGACGGCAACGACGAGAGCAGCUGCCAGCUGAGCCCGCGCUGUCCAGAGCAGUGCACCUGCGUGGACACAGUGGUGCGGUGCAGCAACAAGGGCCUCCGCGCCCUCCCGAAGGGCAUGCCCAAGGACGUGACUGAGCUGUACCUGGAAGGAAAUCACUUAACAGCUGUACCCAGAGAGCUGUCUGCGCUCCGACACCUGACACUUAUUGACCUGAGCAACAACAGCAUCGGCGUCCUGACCAAUUACACCUUCAGCAACAUGUCUCACCUCUCGACUCUGAUCCUGAGCUACAACCGGCUGAGAUGCAUCCCUAUCCAUGCCUUCAACGGGCUGCGGUCUCUCCGUGUGCUAACUCUUCAUGGCAAUGACAUUUCCAGCGUUCCUGAAGGCUCCUUCAAUGAUCUGACAUCUCUUUCCCACCUGGCACUGGGAACCAACCCGCUCCACUGUGACUGCAGUCUGCGUUGGUUGUCGGAGUGGGUGAAGGCAGGGUACAAGGAGCCUGGCAUUGCCCGCUGCAGUAGCCCUGAGUCCAUGGCCGACAGACUGCUGCUCACCACUCCCACCCACAGGUUCCAGUGCAAAGGUCCUGUGGACAUCAACAUUGCGGCCAAGUGCAAUGCUUGCCUCUCGAGUCCGUGCAAGAACAAUGGGACGUGCACUGCAGACCCCGUGGAGCAGUACCGCUGCGCCUGCCCCUACAGCUACAAGGGCAAGGACUGCACUGUGCCCAUCAACACCUGCAUCCAGAACCCCUGUCAGCACGGAGGCACCUGCCACCUGAGUGAGAGCCACAAGGAUGGGUUCAGCUGCUCCUGCCCCCUGGGCUUUGAGGGGCAGCGGUGUGAAAUCAACCCAGAUGACUGCGAGGACAAUGACUGUGAAAACAAUGCUACUUGUGUGGAUGGGAUCAACAACUACGUGUGUGUGUGCCCACCUAACUACACAGGUGAGCUGUGUGAUGAGGUGAUUGACCACUGCGUGCCUGAGGUGAACCUCUGUCAACAUGAGGCCAAGUGCAUCUCCCUGGACAAAGGAUUCAGGUGUGACUGUGUCCCUGGCUACAGCGGGAAGCUCUGCGAGACAGACAAGGAUGACUGCGUGACUCACAAGUGCCGCCAUGGGGCCCAGUGUGUGGACGCGGUCAAUGGCUACACGUGCAUCUGCCCCCAGGGCUUCAGUGGGGUCUUCUGCGAGCACCCCCCACCCAUGGUCCUGCUGCAGACCAGCCCUUGUGACCAGUACGAGUGCCAGAACGGGGCACAGUGCAUCGUGGUGCAGCAGGAACCCACCUGCCGCUGCCCCCCGGGCUUCGCCGGCCCCAGGUGCGAGAAGCUCAUCACGGUCAACUUCGUGGGCAAAGACUCCUACGUGGAACUGGCCUCUGCCAAGGUCCGGCCCCAGGCCAACAUCUCCCUGCAGGUGGCCACUGACAAGGACAAUGGCAUCCUUCUGUACAAGGGAGACAACGACCCCCUGGCACUGGAGCUGUACCAGGGCCAUGUAAGGCUCGUCUACGACAGCUUGAGCUCCCCUCCAACCACAGUGUACAGUGUGGAGACAGUAAAUGAUGGACAAUUCCACAGUGUGGAGCUGGUGAUGCUAAACCAGACCUUGAACCUGGUAGUGGAUAAAGGAGCACCAAAGAGCCUUGGGAAGCUCCAGAAGCAGCCAGCAGUCGGCAUCAACAGCCCCCUCUACCUUGGAGGUAUUCCCACCUCCACGGGCCUCUCUGCAUUGCGCCAGGGCACCGACCGGCCACUGGGUGGAUUCCACGGCUGCAUCCAUGAAGUGCGCAUUAACAAUGAGCUACAGGACUUCAAGGCCCUCCCGCCACAGUCCCUGGGGGUCUCUCCGGGCUGCAAGUCCUGCACUGUGUGCAAGCAUGGCCUGUGCCGCUCAGUUGAGAAAGACAGUGUGGUAUGUGAGUGCCACCCGGGCUGGACUGGCCCGCUGUGUGACCAGGAAGCCCGGGACCCCUGCUUCAGCCACAGCUGCAACCACGGAAAGUGUGUGGCAACCGGGAGCUCGUAUGUGUGCAAAUGUGCUGAGGGCUACGGAGGAGCUUUGUGUGACCACAAGAAUGAUUCUGCCCACGCGUGCUCAGCCUUCAAGUGCCACCAUGGACAGUGCCACAUCUCAGAUCGAGGGGCGCCCUCCUGCCUGUGCCAGCCUGGCUUUAGUGGGGAGCACUGUGAACAAGAGAAUCCGUGUCUGGGGGAGGUUGUCCGAGAAGCAAUUCACCGUCAGAAAGGUUACACAUCGUGUGCCACCGCCUCCAAAGUGCCCAUGAUGGAAUGCCGCGGGGGCUGCGGGCCCCAGUGCUGCCAGCCCAUCCGCAGCAAGCGACGGAAAUACGUCUUCCAGUGCACAGAUGGCUCCUCAUUCGUGGAAGAGGUGGAGAGACACUUGGAGUGUGGCUGCCGCCCGUGUUCCUAAGCCCCGCUGCCCGCACGCGCACCCACCGCCUCUCAGACUCCAGCUUGGUGGGGCCCAGGACAGCCACAUGGCCCCCCAUUGAGAUUCAGAACGAAGGAGAGAAAGCUGGAGAGCAAGAAAAAAAGAAGAGAAUAUUAAGUAUAUUGUAAAAUAAACAAAAAAUAGAACUUAUUUUUAUUAUGGAAAGUGACUAUUUUCAUCUUUUAUUAUAUAAAUAUAUCACACCAGCUGAGUAUAUGUACCAUAUAGUGAGUUAUUUUUACUGAGUUCUUGUUUUGUGAUGUGUAUUUUUCGUGGUUUUACAAACAGCUGUUUUAAAAUUUUAAGACAAAAAAGACUAAUAAAAAUGUUUUAAACAAAAGGGUAAGAAUAAAGAAAUGAGAGCCUGUCUGAGGAAGCAGGAGGACAUUUGCAUGAUUGUGAAGCACUCACAUGUCCACAGGAACCAAGACCUGCUUCCCGAGCUCAGGAAAAAGGAGUAAGAGAAAGACAGAGAAGGAAAAGAUUGUUCUUAGUUUCUUGUUUUUAACUCCUUUUUUUCUCUCCCCUAAAAGCACCCACUUUUUAAGGGUUCUGGUUGUCUCUGCCCAAGAUGCCUAUUGCUUCCAGGAGAAAGCGGCCCUGGCCUUCCUGAGACUUGCUGCAGCUCACAAUUGCUUUCUGCCUGCCGUGGGCACGCUGCAAGAUCUGGGGCCACAGGAAGACCCCUUUCUCCUUCCAGGGAGGCCCUAGUUUCCAUUAGAGACCUGACCACCUACACCUUGCCAAACACUUCAUCUGAGCCUAUUUUACCAAAUUUUAAAGUAGCUGUUCUUUUCUCUGUAAGAAGGUACUCUUGUGUGAGGCGAAGGAAGACGGUAAGGUUCAUACAGCUUCCUUAGGCCUUUCCUCCCCUCUCCAGCUGAUUUCACACUGGAAGGAAGCCGAGAGAGCAGAGAGUCCAAUGCUGGCAUGAAAAGGGCCAGGAGCCAAGCCUGCCCACAGCACUCCCAUGUCCAACAGGGAUUCCGCCACCCGAUCCUCUAGGCUACCAUCAUGGUGAUGACCAACUGCCCAUCUGUAGCACUUUCCAAUGCACAUCUGAACUCUACUUUAUUCACCCGUGCCUCUCGGGGGAGAGUAGAGCAGUGAGCCCUAUUUCAUAGUUUAGGAAACCUAGGCUCUGUAACUUGCCAUAAAUCACCCUUCUGCUAAGUGGAGGACCUGAACCUGGAAUCCAGACUCAAAGCUCUAGAUUCUUCUCCAGAAUGGCUGAACACAGAAGAUUCAGGCAGGUUAAGUUCAUCAACAGAGCCCUAAAUAAAAUAGGAAGCAGAUAAUUUCUCCUCACUUUUCUCCCUGCUUUUAUUCUGCUUUAUUCAUUCCUUGUUCUGCCUCCCUCUUAUACAGAAAAAUACUAGAUAGAACAAGUACUUGGUAUCUAGGAAACAUGAGCAAAGGCAGCCGGUCCAGCUUCUGACCCCAUUCCUAAGUGACCUUCCCUGUCCCUGUCAUCCCACAUCUCUCCUCCACCUUCCUUUGCCCCCAUGGACCCCUAAGCGUUAGUACUUGUCACCCAGGAGCUCAGCUGUUCCCAGCUCCCUGCUUCUCAGCAUCCACCCCUCCUUGCCCAAGAGCCUCCACUGCUUAUAUCUCAGGGAGGACAGUUUGGGAUCUUUCAGCUCUGAGUGUCCCCAGAGGAACCUAGUUGCUUUGUGGGGACCAAUGGUGGGCCAAAGACUCAAGGGAAAAAGAACACAGAGGAACAUAAGGCAAGGUAAAGACGAGCAGGGAGGGGUUUGCUAGAGAAAGUUACUUUAAAAUAUGCAUGUGGAUAUGUGUUAUGUUCUAGGUACUGUAUCUUAUUAUGGAUUUGUUCAUAGAUUUAUUUAGCAUUAACUACAUUAUAUCAGAUAUUCUAUUUACUAUAUAUAUUUAUAUACAUUCAUUUAAGUCUCAAAACAAUCAUGUUAAAAACAUUACUGAUUCACUUUACAGUUGAAUAGACUGAAACACAGAGAAGUUAAGGAAUUUACCAAGGAGAAGAUACUAAUACAUUGCAGAGGUAGGAUUUGAACCCAGGCUGUCAGGCUCUAGAACUUGCUCACUUAAUCAUUAAACCACCCUGCUGCUUCUGAGAAAGAAAUAUAUCCCGCCUUUAAGGAUCUUACAGUCUGAGGUAGAAACAGUAAUGAAAAUGGACACUUAUGUACCCCCUGAUGGCAGUUUAAAGAACAGAAGUGCUGUUUAAAAAGGAGAAUUUCCAAUCUUGGGUCUUUGAGGAUGAACAGCAGUUUGCCAAGCCCAGAAAGGGAAGAUCAAUUUUCCCUGCAACAGCCAAAUAAAAAGCAGUAAAAUGUUUGCUAGCCAGAGGUGCCGUGUGGCAGGAGUAUGAGAUGCACACUGGGAAACAGAGAAACGGGGUAGAUGUGAAGGCAGGGUUUAAACCACAAAGAGCUACAUGUGCCAGGCCAGGCCAUACAGAGUCAGAGAGAGUUUCAGCAGAGGAAAAGUAAGACAAGGUCUGAUUGAGAGACAGAGCUGGUAGCAAAGUAAAGGUGAAUCUCUAGCACCCAAAAUGGCCUUGGCGCCCCUAGGUCUUCACUCUGUGGCUAGAAAACACUGAUUUCAAGGUGGACCCCAAGUCUUUCUGGCAGCUCAGAAGCUCAGCCCUGCAAGGGUCCACCUGAUCCUUAUUCUACUACCAAUACCCUUAACGAGCCUCUCCCCACCCAGUACAAAGUCUGAUCGGCCUGCCACCUCACGAGCCUCACCCAGGGCCACUGGCGUUCUAGGAAGACUCGUCAGACCAGUGGCUUUCCCUCUCCUUUCCCAAGGAUUUCGGAGCCUCCCUCUUCCACUCACCUUGCGGGCUUGUUCCUGAAUCCAGCCACGGUCAGCCAAAACAGCAAAAAGUCCUGAUUCUAUCUCGGUGCAGCUUGCAUUGCAUAGAUUUUGAGCCUUCCCCUCAAUUUUGGAAGCACUAACUUUAAGAAAUGUCAAAUGCAAAGAACAUUUUUUUAAAAUCCUUCCCAAAAUGAAGUAUCUCUAACAGAAUUAAAAACGAUCUCCUUGAAUAGCCAAAUUUCUCAGAACAGAAAGCCCCAUGGAUAGGAAGGCAUCUGUUGAUUAAUUUGCACCCCGAAUUUUUUUUUUUUUUUUUUUU